AUGUCUGAUCCCCAGGUAACGAUCGACCUUCAGCCGGCCGUGGCAACGUCUUACUCCCAAGUCGCUUGUAUCGGUGCCGGAUUCUCAGCGAUUGGAGUCGGGUCCAGUCUUUACCGGUGGUAUGGCAAGACCGACGUUGUCUUUUUUGAGCGCAGAGAAUCGUCUGGUGGGACUUGGUUGGCGAAUUCCUACCCCGGCUGCGCUUGUGAUGUACCGGCUGCACUCUACUCCUAUAGCUACGAGCAGAAUCCAAGGUGGACCAAAUUGCUCCCGAGCCAGCCUGAGUUGAAGUCGUACCUUGACGGAGUCGCCGACAAAUAUGGCUUGUCACAACGGAUGCAAUUCGGAGUGGAAGUCGAACGCUUCAUCUGGAACGACGACUCGAAACGAUGGACUCUAUUCUUGAAGCACCUGGAUUCCGGAGUCCGAACGAAACACGUGUGCCAGGUUCUAUUCAACUGUGGAGGAGCUCUCGUCGCACCUAAUCCUGCUAUAUUCAAAGGCCGAGAGUCGUUCAACGGUGAUGUGUUUCACUCCACUCAAUGGAAGCACAACAUUGAUCUUACGGGCAAACGAGUCGUCGUGAUUGGCAAUGGCUGCACGGGCGUUCAAAUCGUCGCAACGCUGUCACGAGAGGGGWGAGCUGCAAAGGUCACCAAUAUAGUCCGCAGUAAACAAUGGAUCUACCCGUCAAUGGACUUUGAAUACGGCAGUUUUAUGCGAUGGGUCUUCCGCUAUAUACCCGGUGCGCUCCAGCUUCAUCGACUUCACAUAUAUCUUUACGCCGAGCAGGAGUAUCCAACUUUUCGUAUGAAUGGCAUAGGACGCUGGCUACGGGAGGGCAGGAGAAAGGCGGUGGAGCGCUACAUGCGGUCGGCAGCACCAGCACGUUAUCACGACAUGCUGAUACCCGACUUUGAGAUUGGCUGCAAGCGGCGCAUCUAUGACUCGGGGUAUUUAAAGGCCCUUCACGACCCACGAGUUCAAUUGACAAACAGUCCUCUCCUUGAAUUUGUGCCCGCUGGCGUCCGGACCGAAGAUGGCAUCAUUCCCGCCGACAUCAUAGUAUGCGCAAAUGGCUUCGACAUCCAUGGCCAGCUACCCCGAGAUAAGAUUCUUGGGAAGAAUGGCAAAGAUCUAGUUGAUCACUGGGCGCAAUACGGUGGUCCUAGCGCCUAUAAUGGCACAGCGAUCUCCGGAUUUCCCAACUUGUUUUUUGUACUUGGUCCUAAUUCGGGCACGGGACACACUUCUGCCGUGAUUCCCAUGGAAAAUCAAAUCAACCAAGCCAUGAGAGUGCUAAAGCCCGUAUUCCUCGGUACUUCAGACAGCGUUGAAAUCUCCGAGCAGGCAGAGUACAACUACGUAUGGAAGUGUCAAAACGCUCUCAGGGGGCUGGUAUGGCACAAGGGCUCAUGUACAAGUUGGUUUGAAAACUCCAACAGGUGGAAUCCAGCCUUGUAUCCUUGGAGUACGGCUGACUUUUGGCGACGGUGUCUUUUUCCCGUCUGGUCGCAUUGGCAGUAUAGCACCUCGAAACAUCCACCGCCUUCGCGACAAGCCUCACGAAGCGGCAAGACAUGGUUUGCUGCCUCUACGCUCUCGCUGAUGAUGAUUGGAACCUCACUCGUGCUGCUGGAUCYUCAAAAGCCACUGGGUGCCUUUACGGGUGCAGCAUCUGCUUUGAACUUCCUACAGACAACGUCGAUGUGGAAGCAGGUUGUCAGGGUUCGAUAA